GUCCAGGGGGGCGGAGAGAAGCCGAGGGGAGAGCCCCGUGGUCCGAAGGAGAGGACUCCGGCCGCCCCCUUGCCCCCUCCCCAAUUACUCCAGGCCCCAGGGUGUUCCCAGAGGAGCAAAGUGACCUUUUCCCCCUCGGGGUCAAUCCAGAUCGUUCUUUACCUUCCUCGGGACUCCCCACUCCUCACCCCGUCCCUUUCUUUCCAAGUUACCUGGGAAGUGGGCGCUGCCCCAUCCUGGUCCUUUCCUCUGGGACAGCCCCCGGGGCGCACAGCGUCCGGGAGGAGACCAGGAAGCGACAGUUUUGCAGAAGGUGUGCUGCUGCUCUCUGAACCGCCGUUGCUGCUGCUGCUGCUGCCGCCACUCUUCCUCCUCCUUCCUCACCACCAGCUCUCCUCUUCCUCCACCUCCUCCUCUUCCUCCCCUUCUCCUCUUCCUCCUCCUCCUCCUCCUCCUCCCCCGCAUCCUGCUCUCCUGGCCCAAUGAAGAAGACCAACAUGUGGUUACUGGAUCGGCUGCGGGGCUCCAUGGAAAAUGGCCGUGGGGGGGACUCAGGUGACAGAUCCUCCAAGGGGCCUCUUUACAGCAACGUCCUGACCCCGGACAAGAUCCCAGACUUCUUCAUCCCCCCCAAGUUCCCCACGGGGCCGCCUGAGAGCGAGGGGGCGGGGGAGAGCAAGGGGGCGGGGGCAUCGGCUCCUCCCCCACCUCUGGGCACAUCUGCCUCUGAGCAGAACCUGGCACGGGGGAGCGGGGCCCAGCGCAGCCCCCGGUUGUCGGCCAAGGUGGCAGCGGAAAGCAGGAACCUGCUCAAGGCCGCCAGCCGCCACAUCAUCCAGAUCGAGAGCGCAGAGGACUGGGGGCCCGAGGAGGCCUUUGGCACCAACGUGGACCCGCAGGCCCAGACGGCCAUGUCCCUGCCCUACGUGCCCAAGGCCCAGACGUCCUAUGGCUUCGCCACCCUCAUGGAGAGCCCCCAUACCCGACGUAAGGAGUCCCUCUUCCACAGCGAGCACGGCAGCCUGGCCCAGGCCACUUCGCCCGGGUCCCAGCGGCGGGCGGGUGGCAAGGUGAAUGGGGAGGGCGGGCAGCUGACCCCAGCUGACGUGGGCAUGUCGCUCAUGAACCCCUACCGCUACUUCAGCGGCGGGGAGAGCGACACGUGCUCCUCGGCCGAGUCGUCCCCCUUCGGCUCCCCGUUGCUCUCCCGCUCCGUCUCCCUCCUCAAGCUCUUCAGCCAGGACAGCCAGGCCAAGGUCAUCAAGCUGAAGCACUCGGUGGGCCGCCACAGCUCCCUGUCCACCGACGACAGCUCGGCUGACACCAGCCCCAGCUCCCAGCGGCGCGCCCGCUGCGCCACCCCACCGGGAGGCCCAGCCCAGGCUCCGCCAGCCCCAGAGCCUGGCCAGGUGCACCAUGGAGAACACACGGUGCGCCUGACCAAGCGGGGGAGCCUGCGGCUGACGGCCGAGUACGACCCGUCGCAGGCGCGGCUGCGGGUGCGGGUGCUGGCUGCUGAGGGGCUGUACGACCGGCUCUUCGACACACGGAGCAUCAACUGCUGUGUGGGGCUGUACCUGACCCCUGGCAAGCUGCAGAAGCAGCGUAGCACCAUCAUCAAGAACAGCCGCCAUCCGGUCUUCAACGAAGACUUCUUCUUUGAUGGGCUGGGGGCCGCCAGCGCCCGUAAGAUGGCGCUCAAGGUCAAGGUGGUUAAUAAGGGGGGCAGCCUCAAGCGGGACACCCUGCUUGGUGAGAUGGAGAUGCCUCUCACCACCCUGCUGCCCUUCUUAUAAGAGAAGCACCCCUAGCCCUCACCCCGCCCCUGCCCACCUGCCCACCCCUCACUUGGGGCUAG